AUGGCGAAUGAAGAUAUCGAUAGAUUUUGCGAAGAUGGAUUGCUCCAGAAAGAUUACCGGAAGCGUUACGAGGAAUUCUUAACUGGGGUGAAAGUAGCUACAAGAGGGAAAAAUACUAUCAAAGAUAGCUCUUGUUACAAACUUGAAACUUACCAUGACACGUACAGAUAUCGAAAGGCGUUACUGAAGGUGUUCAUUGACAAGAAGAAGUCGGAAAACUUCAAAUUGACCCAUAAAACGAUACCACAGUUUUUUCGCGAGCUUGAACGUUAUACAUACACAGAAGAGGCUGCAGAUAAACGCAAGGAAAGUGAAACAGGAACUUCUCUUAAUAUUUUUGGGCAGGAUGAUUUCAAGGUAGAGGGUGUUGUUAUCCGAAAGACAAACCGGGAAGCAUGGAUUUUGGUGAAUAAAACCUGCAUGUUUAAUGGAAAAAAGAAGUAUGAAAAAGUCGAGCUUCUUCUCGACCUUGAAACGUUUGGCGCAGAUGAUGUCAGCAGAGCAUUUCUUAAAGUGGGUGACAUUCUUGAGAUUGCAAAAGGUCCCAAAGAAACUGAAAUAGCUCUGGAGCCAGAAAUUAUUUGGUAGGUUGAGUACAUACGUUUUAAAAAACUGUAUUUGAGCAUAUAACAUGAUCAGGAACGACACCGCUUAACAUAUUAAUGUUAGAAAUGAAAAAGAAUUAUCCAUCAAUAGAAGUCUCUUAUCUAUUGCAAAUAAAAGACUUCCUUUGAUGGAUAAUUCAAACCCUUUCCACCUUAAAAUAAGUUUGCAUAUUCUCUAAACUGUUCUCUAUAUAUUUCUUAAGGUGCUAACAAGGAGAAUUUGGUAACAAUCAAUAGCUUUGUUAGUUGGUGAUCAUUUUCUUUAUUCUCAUGACCUCAAUGUUUGAUUCAGGGGUGAUUCUGUGAGGAGAAAUUAGAUGCUAUUCUGACCCUUGGGGUUUAAGUUGGGCAGUGACAUGGGUUAGUACCAUAAUACAUUACACACCCUUAAUUUCCAUAAGUUAUCAUCACCCAACUUCUCACAACAUGACCAGAUUGUUCAAAAGACAGGCAUUGGUUAAAUGAAGAACUGUUUCACCUUAAGUAUAUUUAAUUGACUUUGGAUGGUCGGCUGAAUAAAUGGUACCUAAAGGGUUGAUUUUUAUGCUUUCACUUUUCAGCUGUUACAAAUUAUCUGAGAAAGAGAUUGAAGCAUUUCUCAACCAUGUGCUUAGGGUAGAAAGUGAUGGGUCAUCUGCUGCUACAGCUGAGCUGCUAAGGUAAAUAAUGUCAAUAAAUAACCUGAUUCCAGGGCAGUUACUGGUAAAUGAAUUGUUUAUUUACUCAAUACAAAGACUUUUGCAUGGCAAAAAACUAUCAGUUACAAGUUGACAACUACAAAACACCAAUUAUCCAUGUGCUUGCUCUCUUUUUUCAAUCACAUCCUAUAACAAGUCACAACAACUGCAGUAUCCUGCAAGCAGCAGAGUGCCUCUUAUUUUAAGACAUAAAUUGGUUCAAUUGUCUUUCUAGUUCCCAGCUUAUUGGCCAAAUUUGAGUUACUUACUCAAAUCCAGUUUUACUACCAGGUAAUAGUCCAUUUUACAGUGCUUGGUUGCCAAGCCUUUGAACAGGAAUGAGGCUAAGGGCCACCUUGUUAUGAUACAAACCUGUUACUGCUUUUCAAAUGCAAAUUAAUUUGUUAUCAUGCUAACUAGAUGCUGGUCUCUAUCACAACAAGAUCACCUUCAGCCUCACUCCAAAUCAAAGGCUUGGCAACUAAGUACACAACUAUAAAAUGGGCUAUUAAACAUAUAGAACAUAAAAAAUCCUUUUUUUGUAAAUAAAAUACUUUAGACCACACAAUUAUAAUAAUCUUAGUUUGUUCAAAUUGAAUUGCUUAAUCUUCCAUUUAACUAACUGAAUGUUUGUUGAAAUCAUGAAAUUAUAUAAAAUAGGGCACAUAUAUAUCAGUUGACGAUUCAUUCCUUUAGUCUUUAACUGUAUGUACUGAAACACUAAGAGUGAAUUUUUAUAUGUUAAUGGGGAAAGUGAUGUUCAGAUGACAUGGUAUUUUAUUGCAAGUAACUUUUAUGCACAAUAUGUAACAACUAUUAAACUGAGCUUUAAGCAGCCAGGUAAAUAUCCACCACUGGCCACUGACUCUGAUGACAUGCGAAGGUGAUCCGUUGUUUUAUUAUAUACUAAAGCAGUAAGAUAGUAUGGCAGAAAAAGAUGAUUUAAACUAUAUGUUUAUGGAUGCAUUAGUCCCACUCGCACUGAUGCUCAGAAGUGAAAGGCUAUUAAAGAAUAUUCAGAGUUUGAGUAACCAAUGAGAAUGUGUCUCCAGCACUAUAUCCAGGGUUUUAUUAAUUACUAAAAUGAUGUUAUUUACUGAAAAUUUACUGACCCUUAUAGCCUCACACUUGUUUGCCCUAACUUGAAGUUUUAGUAAAUUUUUCUUGUUAUUUGUUUGUUUGUUUUUCUUACAGUUGGGUGUUCUACUGAUUUCAGGGAAAUUGACUUAAUUUACUAUUAAAAUUCACCAUUUCCCACCUGGAAAGGGAAUUAACCUGCCUGGAGCUGAAACUGGUUAUAUUCCCAGUUAUUUACCACCUAUUCUAUCACAUUUUUGAAACAGAGUUUUCACAGUUCAAGGCUCUCUAGCUGUGAUCUGAUUUUUUUUAUUACCACUCAAAUUGUAAGGGCAAAAUUCUUUGUCUUCACAACUCCAAUAUAUUUCUAUGAAUAUUGAAACCUUUAAAACUGAUCAGAAGGUCCUAGGUAAUAUAACAAGUGGCUUGUAUUACCCUUGCGAACUGAAUUCCCAGUUUUCUGGGAAUUUGAAGGAAUUCUCAAAAAUUCCCAACUGCACAAAUAUAGGAAAAUUUUUGUUUCUUUUCUUUGUUUUUCUUGUUUUGCUUCUUGACUGAUCUAAUAGUUUUGUUGUGUUGCUUUAAUAUAAUAAUGCACUUACAUUCUUAACAGGUGUCAUGCUUUUUGGGAAUACAUCCUUCAACAUCCUUGGGAAGAUUAUAGCAACGCAACCAAGAAAAAUUUUGCCCACAAUGUCUUACUUAUUAUUGAUAAGUUAUGCUCCAGUACUCAGAGAGGAAUGCUACCAACUGUUCAAGGAAUUGUUCAAGAAUUUUCAAAGAGUGCCUUCUUCAAAUUGGUCCUUCCUGAAAUAGUUGAGAAUUUAGCCAAAGAAAAUUGUAUCAGGUAAUAUUGGUGGCAUUGAAAAAAGUGAACAUGCAAAGAUUUAAAAAAUUUUUUUCAUCUACUAGUAGAUUACAAAAUCAAUGUGUAUGAAUUAUGACACAGGCUAGCUAAGGGUAUAAAAUACAAAGAACAAACUGAAGCUUAAUUCAUGGUUUUCCUCUUCAGUUAAAUACAAAUGCUAGUAGAUUGUGGUGUGCAUGAUUAUAUAUUAGUCUGAAUUUCAUACCCUGGCAUUACUUGCCCAUGUUUUUUUACCCUUAAUGUUUGGGUUUUAAUACCAAAUCUCUACUCUGUGAUCUGUUUCAUUCAACACUUUGCUUUCAAUUCUGACCUAAACAUUUUAAAAUGAAUUGCCAGACAGCAAAAGGGCAAAGUAAGGGACGCCUUUGCAGAAAAUGGUUUGUGAGAAGUCUUGGAUGAUUGCAUAUAAGCUCAAAAACCAGUGCUUCCUUGAUCAAUCAAUCUUGUUUAUUAGGAUCCUAGCCAAGGUAUCCCUGUAUGUGUACUCAAUUGAGCCAAACAUAUUUUAGGCAGCAUACGAUGACAAUUAAUUUAUUACCAACCAGCUGAAAGUGUAAGGGAGGUGUUAUUUUGUUCUUGUCAUCUGUUAAGUUUUCAAAUUGUCAAAACAGAAAAACAUAGUGAUUUUGCUAUUUGAAUCAUCAGUGGAUCCUUCAAAGUGGUGCAGAAUGUUCUAGAACAUGUCCUAAAUGUUUCACCUUCCUCUGGUCGAAGAGUUCUACCCAUGGCAAAAGUUCUUGCUGAAAGCUUAGUGAACAGCUCUUGUGGGAAAUCUGCUGUAGACUUCCUGGAAAAGUUGUCACUGAUGGUUGCCAUUGCAGUGCCAGGGGUCCAUGCAGAUCUUGAGGCUUUUUCAUGGAGAGAUCUUCCCUUGCUGCUACUGAGUGAAGAAAUCCAUAAAGAUUCAACAAGUCAGUGCAAUUAUCAAUUAAUGAUUUAAAUAAACAUAUAUUUUUGGUUAAACUAAACCUGCUAACCGUUUUGCUAGGCUUGAGUAGCCGCUACUCAAACUUAAGUAAUUGUGUAGUGCAAGCAAAUGUGAGUCAAACAGAUGCUACUUUCUGUGGUUUACUAGCUAGGUAAUUUUUUUCUCAUUUUAUUACUGAUGGACAAGUUAUACAAACAAGAAAUCCAGAUUUGUUAACCAACAAUGAAAAUUGUGUUAAUAUCCUUUAGUAUAUUGCCAUUAGACUUAUGAUGGUAGGUGCAUUUAAUUAUCAAUUAUAAAAUGAGCUCAAGUUUUCAUGAUUCAUCUAUUGAUUGAAGAAACUAGAACAACUGACUUACCAGUGAUCAAGAAAGAAGGCAAGUACCACUCAGAAAAAGAAUACUUGAACACUUACUUCAGACUUCUAAGAGAGGAGUGUUUUCACAAGUUGAAGAAUGGAGUUUCACACUUUUUAAGCAAAGGAAAGUGUGAUUCAAAAGAAGCGAUGAUGUAUAGGUGGGAACAAGUUUUUUGAUUUACUUUCAAUUUAUGGCUAGCAUGUGUUAGGUACAUGAAGAAUAGUUUGGCCUCAUUCUACAUAAUCCUAUGGGUAGCUAUACUUCAUUACUUGUGAUUUAACAUGAAGAUUUAGAAAUCAGUGGACUGUGUUUUUGCCCAAAGAUUAGAAGUUUGAAUUGACCAUCAGUUCCACUGCUUCUACUUCAUCCUCAUCCUCCUCUUCAUCCUCAUCCUCAUCCUCCUUCUCCUCAUUAUCCUCGUCCUCAUCCUCCUUCUCCUCCUCAUCCUCCUUCUCCUCCUCCUCAUCCUCCUUUUCUUCCACCUCAUCCUCAUCCUCACCCUCCACCUCAUAUGCUAUGCCUCAUCCUCAUUCUUUUCCUUAUCCUCCUCCUCAUCAUCCUCCUCUUCCUCUUCAUUCUCAUCCUCAUCCUUAGCCUGGCAUCCCCCCUCAUCCUCCUCCUCCUCUACCUCAUCUUACUCCUCAUCCUUAUCUUCCUCCUCUUCCUGAUCCUCAUCUUCAUCCUCAUCCUUGCCCUCACCCACACCCUCCUCUUCCUCAUAUGCUCUGCCUCACCCUCAUCCUCCUCCUCAUAUCUUCAUCUUCCAUCUCCAACACAAUUAUGUUGUAGAUUUGAUGUAACAUUAAGUCUCUUAGAUAUUGCAGAUGUUAUAUAUUGCUAGUAAAGUGUUGAUAGUGAUUGCAAUUACAUCUAGGAUUACUCUGAAAGGACUAUGCACUCAUAAACGAGAAAACUCUCCAACCACCAUGUCGAUUGGAUUGCAAUUUACUGUUAACUCAGAGGAAAGGAUUGACUGGGGGUGAGCGCUUUGUUAAGUUUGAGGUCUUUGGAUGUAUAAUGUCAUCAACAGCUAGAAGGCAAGGAGACCGAGGAAGCCACCGGGCUUAUGGGAGAGCCACCUCACCUUACAAUAAUGAAUCAAGUAAAGAAAAAAUGCUGCGAGUGUGUGGCUUGGCCAAUUCAGUGAUUAUUUAAGUAAAAACUCUUGCAUUUUUGUCUUAAAGUUAAGGUUUGGCAAAUGAGUGACUGAUGUCAGUCCUAUAGGAGAUGAUGAUAUAAUGCUUACGAUACUAGACCAGACAAGAAAGUCAACUAAUGAUUAUAGUUAAUGUAUGUAGAAAUGUGUAUGUUUACAUCUGCGGUAUGUUAUCUGUAACAGAUCUGCAAGUUGGCUUGUGUAUGGAAAUCUACUGUGCAUUUCUUGUGAUGGCUCAUUUGAACAGCCUGUUUGGGCUGUAGUGGAAAAGGUAGACCAUGAACAAAGGUUGGUUACUUUUCUUAAUCUACUUCCAGCACAGACAGCCCAAGAAUGAAAUUCCUUUACUCACCUGUUGUGUCAUUUCAGUGAUUUGUGACUCUUGCGUGUAAUUCAUAGAGGUAGUAACUAAAAGUAGUCACUCCACUUAAAUAUAAAUGGCAUGUUAGGAAGCUGCUAGGUCGAAAUUGCUUUGGUGAGAUUAAUCUAAUUGAAACAUUUUUCUCAGUAAAUAUGAAUGAAUUUAGGAUUCUACUUCAUAGGGUCAUGGCCAAUGGAGGGCUGUUUGACUGGAAAAAAGGUUUUUGUUGGAAAAUUGGAGUUACUAAAAUGUAAAUUUUCUUAAAGCUUUGCUGGCAGUAAAGAAGAAAACAAUCCCUGCAUUUUUCUCUUGUGGCUACUGAUUAACCCCAGCUCUCUAAAUAUGCUUCAACCAUAGAGUGAUAUGGGUGGCACUUUGUGGUGAUAAAACAAACAACAUAUCAGAGGCAGAAUUUGUAAUCAAACUACAAGGGAUAACAGAUGAUGGUAGGUAAAUUAAAGAUAAGAGGGAAUUGAUGCUUUUGAUUGAGGUUUUUAAAGAAGCUCAUUUUUGUUGUUAACUGACAGCACUUAAUUAUUUGAAAGUUAAAUGAGCUACUCAAGAAUGUAGUCUUGUCAACUGACUUAAAGCUGUAAACAACUGAUCUUUGAAAAAUUCAAUGUUGUUACUCAAUUGACUGAACUAGUCAGUUGCACGGGAGAUGCUAACAAUAAAUUGUAGGGGGCGAGGGAGGGGAGGGGGUUUAGCUUGAAAUAGGUAAUUAAUAGCAACCUUUUUGACUGAUAGCCAUUUUGUUAUAUUCAGAUCUGUACUAAUGUAAGGAUUAAUUUUACUUGAAAACUAAGAGAUCAAUAAUACAUCCCACUAAUGACAUUUUAAAUAAAAAUUUGUUGCAAGGUAGCAUCAGGAGAGGUUAAAUAUGCCCUGUUUCACGUUCGACAGAACUACCCAUUGAAGGGAAAAUAGCAAAUCUUUUUCUCAUAAGCAUGUGGGCUAAUUUUUGCAUGCCUGCAGUUAUGAGUAAUGUAGUGCCCAGUUCAGGAUUAGCCUGGCAGUAUAGUGACAGAAUCACCUAAUUUUCGGUUGACAUUGUUUAUUUUAGUUGAAAUCUGAUAAUUCUGGAUACAGCACAUGACGGCAGAGUUUUUUCAACCUUUCUGCAGUCAAAUUACUCACCAUUCAGUCACAGACUGUUAUUACAUAAGUUAUAUCGACCUUGAGUGGUAUGACUGCGUUAUAAUGCGGUGCUGAUGAAAUACCUGGACGUGUAUAACACGAUUGUAACACUUUCGUUUUUCUUUUUUGGAUACCUUUAAUAGGGAAAGAAGCUCACAUGGCUGAAAGCCAGACAUUUUACCUGUCUUUUGGUCCGGCUAUGGAUAUUUUGCAACACAAAGGUUGAUCAUCGUAGAUCCGUCUUAUCACAGUUAUCAAUCACCACUGGCAAAUUAGCUCAGUCUCAACACACAGGUUGAUCAUCGUAGAUCCGUCUUAUCACAGUUAUCAAUCACCACUGGCAAAUUAGCUCAGUCUCAACACAUAGGUUGAUCAUCGUAGAUUCGUCUUAUCACAACUAUCAAUCACCACUGGUCUAUUAGCUCAGUCUUAUGAUAUCCUUUAGUCAUCCAAUAAUGUCCUAUGUGAUUGAGGAUAUUAGUGUUCAUGCAUCCUACGUAAAGUGUUAACUGGAAAAUUUCUCAUAACCAUUAUUAUAUUAGUUAAUGUUCUUUAUCGACUGCAGAACGUUGACCUGAUAAUAAUCUGAACUGUUUUUGCCAAUAAUUGACCCGUUCAGAGAUACAUACAUACAUACAUACAUACAUACAUACAUACAUACAUACAUACAUACAUACAUACAUACAUACAUACAUGCAUAUAUGUUUGAAAAAAACUUUUAGUUUGCAAACAGUAAGGCAGUAAUUUUCAAGUUGUCCAUUUCCUACAUGCUGGUGACUCUUUUAAGUGCGAAUUUUGUAGGAAUUCUUUAAAAAAAAGUUGUUAGAUUCUUAAAAGAUGCAAGACAGUGAUGUAUUUGCUUUUGUCAACAGCUACGUGUAUGAUUAAUUUUUGACUGAUAUUUUCUAGAUUCUGUUCCGUUCAAGGAUUUCUUAGUACAUCCAGAGGCCAAUCACAUGUGUCAAGCUGAGUACGUUCGUAAAAUAGAAGCUCCUCCUGACUGGGGAAUCAUAUUUGAGUCUCCACCAAAGUCACAUGACCAAGAUGAGUCUUCAGUGUACUCUCUUGUGGAAGACUUUGAAAGAAUGAAAUUAUCAAAUAUCAAGGCAAAACUAGAUGACACACAACUCGAUGCAAUUGACCUUGCACUUAAGAACAAAGUGGCCUUAAUUCAGGUAUGAUUGCGUAGUACCUGUUGAUAUUUUUGGGUUGUCUAUAAAAUCUUAAGGGUUUUGGAGGAUUACGGAUUACUUAUGAGAGAAAAUGUUUCAAUAACGACCAAGAAAGAAAAGCUGUCAGCCUACGUUUUGCAGAUCCCAUGCUUAUAUUUCUCAGAAAAUCUGAGAAGUGUGGAAAACAUUCGAAAACUCAACAUAGGUCAGUUAUGCCCUCAGCCCCGUGAUCAGACGUUUAAUGGUAUUACUACUGACAACCACGAUCAAAUUUCCAACAUUUGAUUGCAUUGUGCAUAAUGCUUUGAGUAGUUUGAUUGAAAGCUCAUAGUGAUUUCCUACCGGCACUAAUUUUGUAAUUUUUUAAUUAAAAUGGCCUACAUGUGAUACAUACAUAUAUAGUUUAUUGGCUUGUCCUCACGGGGCUGUUCAGAGUCAAUAUGAAUCCUAAAAUUUUUAUCUUUCAUGCAGGGACCUCCAGGAACUGGGAAAUCUUUUGUUGGUGUGUCUCUUGUUCAUUUGUUAUUGUCAAUGGAUGUACCGAAGACAUUUGGACCCAUUUUUGUAAGUAUUUAAUGUAUAUUGAGAAUGCAUUACUCCAUAAUCUCUUUGUUCAGCCCCCUCUUGAUUUUUAACCGUUCCCCACUUAUGAAUGGACUAAAUUUAUCAUAUGCCCCUCUCUCUGUCGAGUCCGCCCUUAUGGUUGACAAUAUUUGAUCUGAUGAGCCAUAUACAAUGCACUAAAUGUGAAAACAAGGCGUUUUGCAUGAGUUUGUAGUUUGUUACCAAACGAAAGAUGAUUGAUAUGUACUACGACCAUUUGGUAUUUGUCAACAAAACAAUAACAGGGGCACGUAAAGGAAAUGGUGGACAUAUCACAUAAUGCCAAAUCUUUAGCAAAAAUUCAAAAAGGCGUGACUCAGAAACAUUUAUUUCCGGAAAUUGUUUUCAGUUGUGUAGAGGCUUUAAUGUUGCAGAUAACAUUAAUUGUUAUGAAAAUGCUCACAACUUGAGGUAAGAGCUAAAAAUAGUGUGACAUGCACAUCGCAUGAAAUGUUCAAAAAAGGUUUGUUAGCCUGUGCUGACGCCGCCGCAAAAACGAUCAGUGAGGGUUCGAGUGGAAAGACCACCUGUUCCAAAUUUCUCAUGUUUGCCACUUGAUUGAUUUGUAAAGGUUAUAAGCGUACUGAUGUUUUUUUUCCUUUCUUACCCUGUUAUUCUUACUUGACUAUUCAAAGGUUGUCACUUACAAGAAUGACGCUGUAGACCAUUUCUUGGAAGGGUGUCUAGAUUUAUCGUCUAAGCCCAGAAUUGUCCGUGUUGGAAAGUCAUCAAGAUCAGAAAAGUUGGAGGACUGUCUCUUGUUUAACGUAAGAUUUGUUGGAUCUACCUGGGCUUGGCUGUUUGAAACCUAAUUGAAACUAAUCCUGGGUUACAUAUACAUAAAAAUAAUUCAUUUUCAUGAUGUUUAAAUCAAGAUUAGUGCUAAAUGUCCUUUCAACAACUCGGUCAAGGGUCCGUAGUAGUGCUGCUGCACGUUACUGCUGAUAAAAUUUUGUUGGCAUUUGUUGGAACCAUCACCGAUCAGAUGACACUAUAGAUUAAAAAUGAACUUUUGAAACGUUUUGCUUAACAUAGCCUUUUCUUUCAAUUACUGGAUUUUGUCUAUUUUACUUGCCUUACUUUAGAAUUUUCACGAUAUUUUUCUAGUAAGCAGUUUACGUGAAGUUGAAAUUUAAUGCAAGCUCUUUGCCACCAGCUAGCAAGCAGUCCCUCUUUAAAAGCGUUGCGGCACGAGCGUUUUUUCGCCCAUGUAGAGGUAUGGGUCCUCAAGCGAGACCUCUCGCGAGCCGGCGAGAGGUCCGCAAAAGCUUUGGCACUACUUCUCGUUAUUUGUACCAGAUCCCUUAUAGACCUCUCGCCGGCUCUCUUUGCUCAGGGUCUGAAACCUACUCGCGGGCAAAGGAGCGGUCAUCCAGUAAUAAGCCUGCGCAUUUUUGCAUAGGUGUGUAAUGAACUUUAAAUGAUAUUUGAUUUGACAAUUUUCCUUCUAAAUAACGCUUGUGUGAUCUCUAUUCAUAUAGGUAAAGUCAAAGUUUGUGUGGUCUGAAGUUCUCAAAACGCAAAAAGAAAAACUCAGAAGUCAACUGCGAAAUAUGCAACAUCUCGUGAAAGAGGCAUACUCGAAACUUCAGGGUUCCUGUGUUUUUAAUGCUGAUAUGUUCAUCCAGGUGUGGAUCUAUGUUUUAAAGUACCCCUCAAGGUGUUAAUUUGUGAUUCAAUUAUUCCAAGUGACAAAGGGUUAUUAUAAACCUUAUGCAUGUUCAUGUGAAACUCGAUGGAAGACGGUUGGUUGAUGGUACAUUUGCCCGUCACCUUAUUACUCCAUCAGGAAGGCAAUGGGGCUUUGAUUUCAUACCAGUGACGUACAAUUCUCCCCAACUUUAAGUUCUGAUUAUGUGAAGGGUGGGUAAUGUUACUAUGUGAUUAGAUAAUUAUUUGGCGGAUAGUAUAGUUUGUUUUCGAACACUUAUGCACUUUAGAAAUUAGUUUACCCGUUGGAUAGCGUUAUCCUACCCUCAAGCUUAGACUGUGCUGUGUGGCCCUAUGGAAUAGCUGCAAAAACGUACUUAUGUUCACCCUAAAAAUUUUUCUUAAAGACAGCAACUGAAAAACAGGUCAGGGAGCUCCUGAUAGAAUCAAAUGACCAAGCGAAGGUGGAUAAGCUACUCAAAGAGAGAAGCAUGGAUGGGUCAUAUAAAUCUCACUUGAAAGGUGCAGGAAUAUUUCAUUUGUUAAACCUUUCUUACUUUUCCCGACUUAGAUUCCGAGAUGUUGUAUGUUUUUUCCUCAAAAAAUAUUUUGAUAUGAGAAAAACUUGAAAUUUUCGUAGGGAAAAUUUUCAGCGAUUUAUGAAAGAUCGACGUCUGCCAAAGGACUGAAAUAGUUUCAAUAAUGAUUUAAGUUUAUAGUGCAAAACGCAGUUGAAGUGUUGUUCUUUAAAUUUGAAUUUUUUACUUGGUUAGCACUAAAAUAGUUCAAAAUGAGUCGAGACGAGUAUUUAAUGUUUUGUUCCAACGUGUUUCUUUGGUGACAUUAUUACCUUGCUUAUCUGACUAACUCCCUUGCUUUGAAGAAAAUCUCUCUUUGUGUUGGACGUUACAGGGCGUGUAAGAAACGCACUAGGCAAGUGGCUUCCUGGACAAGUAGAAUUUGAUCGGUUUGCCAGGGAGAACGGAUUUCCAGGAACGAGUAGCAAGCCUUCACAUUCAGUUACUGAAUCAAAGUCAGAGCGCACAAGGUACUUUUGAUGCUUUCAUUUAUUAUUAUUAGACAGAAAAAAGGUAAACAGGGCAAAUUUGUGGCGAUACAAGUUGAGUGAAAAUCGAUGAACGCCCGUUGGCCUACCUGAAACGAAACAAAACUUAUCUACGUUUUGCAAUGAUUGCAGCUUUAUUCUUUGGUACUGCAAACACGGAGUAAGGUCGUAACUGCACAAGCGCAGCGUGGCGCAUUUCUCUCCGAAGGCAUUUACCGGAAGAAACCGGGUGUCAUUCUAAUUAACUGAGAAAAGAAUUUACAUCAGCGAGAUUCUCGCGAAUUCUCGCACCUCGUAAACGGUUGGGGCUUGCGAUAGAUUUUCAGAGUGACUUGAGAGUCCGAAAUGGUCAUCAGGAUUUUGAGGCAAGACGCCGACAUAUGAUUCACCUGGCUUUUUAUCAAUAGUCCAUUUUACAGUUGCGUGCUUGGUUGCCAAGCCUUUUACAACAAGGUCACCUUCAGCCUCACUUCAAAUCAGAGGCUUGGCAACUAAGCACACAACUGUAAAAUAGCCUAUUGUCUAAGCUCGCGCUCGAGAAGUCAAUUUCGUCUUAAUUCAAGGAAUUCCGUGCAAUAAAAUACAGGCAUUAUAAUCAGUCUAAUCAUCUUCGCGGCCUCUAUGUUUUCAGCAGUGUCAUAUGACAACCGUACCGUGAACGCAUUAUACAAACGUUUGCUUGCCUGACGAUCUUUUCGGCACGCACUCGACAAGUCUUCGAAAUUGUUGGGGAAUAAGCUUGGGAAGAAAGUUCAUUUUAAAAUUUGAAUGUUUAGUGAGUGAAGAAACAUCACGUCACGUGUUUCUAUUUCGCCGUGAAACAAAAAUCUUACAAGUUGAACUGUUUACCAACGGAACAUUUUCAUCUGGCGCAUGAAAAACAAUGUGCUCAUACUUUACUCCAGAUCUCUGUAUCAAAUCUUCUAUUGUAUAAGGCGUCUUACAAUGUUAAUAUACCACCUCAUUUACCACAUUCGCCUCUUAAAUGUCCACAGUUAAUCGUAAAGUAGGCUAUGCUGGAUCGUGGAUCAAAUCUGACCAUAUAAACGUUUUGAAAUUUUAACCUAAGACGCCUUACAUACUUUAUUUUGAGUGAUUGUACACUUAAUUCGUAGUAGAAAGAGUGGUUUAUUGACGUUUCUCCCCACUGCAAGUUCGCCCCCUGCCAGUUCACCCCAUCAAAUAUAGCAUGUUCGCCCUACGUUCACUAUUUUGCCCAAAGAUCUUCAACUCGUCUCCUUACGGCAAAACAUAUGGCCAUUGUGAUUUCUGUGGCAUUAUACUAGCUGUUGGUAACUGUUGCUUGUUUUGUCAGUGACAAGUUAAUAGCUGCAAAACCUGGUUGUUGAAAUAAGUCCUAGGCUAGAUCUGAGAUCUUAUUUGUUUAGUGAAAAUAUUGAUCGCCACUCUGCUACAUGCAGAACUAAAAAGCGAAAACUGGAUCAAGAACAGGAAAACCCCGAUGACUUCCGAGAGCCUUCUGUAGAGGAAGAUGAGCGGAUUUCCUCAGCCUUAGAGUACGAGUUUCCUGACGAUACGCAAGAUAUUUCUGACACCAGCACACAUGACACAUUUGGAGAACGAAAACUUAUUCCCAUGGAUGAGAGAAGUGAGUUUUUUUGGUUUUAAGUUCUACUUUUUAAAUUUGAUAAAUACAAAUACCAGUUUAAAAAAAUUGCAAUUUGCAAAAAAAAGUAUGAAGUAUAUACAGCUUCUGUUUUCUCAUCAGUGUCUCUUUUUGAUGACGAAGCUAAGUGCGAAGCCUUCGACAUGAAAAUAAUCUUUCACUAUCAUGCCAGCAAAACUCGUUUUCUUUAGAAAGUUGGGCAUUUAGCUUCGUUUUGAACGUGAGGGUUCUCUGGAACUCGGAAAUUUCCUAUUAGAUAUUUACUGGCGUCUUAUAGAUGUAACCUAACCUUUAUAGCAUCCUCAAAAGAUUAACCUUUGUCUAACAUCUGGUGCAAUCAUUUCCAUACAUGGAGAGACUUUAGUAUAUGAUUUGGUGAGCAAGAUUGAUUUAACCAAUGAGAACGUUUGAAAUACAAUAUCCCAGGCUGAGAAUUAAAUAGUUGGUAAUUGAGAAACCACUAUAAUGGUCAUAAACCAGAUCAGAACAUCCCAUUUUCUACCGUGAUACGGAUUUUGUACAUGGCGUGUAUGUAAAAUGGCAUUUUUCCAUACUAGAAUGUUAUGUUUAAAACCAUUGUUAUUAUCGUAAAUGUGAUCUUUUGCCAGAAGUUGACCACUUCAUAAGGUGCUCAGAUGAAACAAAUAUCUGGGUUCUCAAUCAGCAUGCAAGGAUUCAGCUAGUGUAUGCUCUUCAAAGCUUGUAUGCUGAGAAGGCCCGUAUGGAGUUUCUUGAUGUGAGCAGGGAGGCCCAGGAGGUAAAACACAAGCUUCGAUUGUGACAGUAAUAACGUCAACUAGAAAAACGUUGUUGAAUAUCUUUUACUUAAUGUUUUGUUCUUCCCUUUAGCCACAAAAGAUGUAGUUUCAAAAACAUCUUUUCACAGUGAUCAUGAUAGUCUCCCUUAAACGAAGAAAAAUGCGCAGAUUUGAAAUAUCCUCUUCUAUUUAGUUGGUCAUCUAUCAGUAUAUAAACAAAAUGCGUUGUAAGUAGUACAUUAUGUUGUAAAAAGAGCCAAAUUGAUGAAAAAACGGUGUGUAACCCCAUCUUUUCACGUGAAAUUGGUCCGGCUAUCAGCGAAUUCGUUCUCAUAACAACAAGUUCUUCUUUGUACCCUGAACACCGAAUAUGUAUUUUGCACAAUGACCCAUUUGUCUCGAAUAUUUAUUUUCGUUUCAGGGUCCCCUUUAGUGAAGAGCGAACUCAUUAUUUUGAAAUUUUCUUACCGCUCAUGUUGCUAGGUUUUUUAUGAUUUCAUUUAUGCACUUAUACUUGGUAAGGUAGGGAGUGUCUUUUAAGGACAAUUGACUUGGCUGUGCGCCUUUCCUUUUUCUCUUAAUUUUACUGUUGAACUUAUUCACAGAAACAUCACCAGUAUACAGCGUUGAGAAAUAAACAUGAGAUCGAUGUGAUGAGGCAAUGUGAAAUUAUUGGUAUGACGGUGACUGGUGCAGCCAUGAGAGCCAAUCUGCUGGGUAAACUAACAACACGUUGUAUUUGUUGUUGUUAUUGAUGUGAAUAUGUUGGUGGUAGUGCCGGUGCAAGUUCAUUUCAUCUCCUAAUCAACUUCAGACUGUAUGUUUAGUUUUCCAAUUUUAGGAUACUUCACAUAUAGCAUAGACUUUGUGAUAGUGUAGUGUGAUCGUCCGGGUUAGUGUAAUCUUAAGAUGGACUUUUGUCGGUAGUGGUGACUGACGUUUCGACAACCUGAGUAGAAGUCAUCAUUAGAAUCAAGAGAAUCAUUAGUUGUUGUCAGUCAAUUGAUCUAAGUCCGGUUCGUAUAAACUGAUUAAUUCAGUUUCGCCGUGAUGUUAUCCGCCGUAAGACUCAAGUGGCGUAGGUCGGUUGCGAUCGGUCGGUUUCGAUCUUUCAGUAAAGUCAGGUCGUUCUGUUCGGUUCGUCUGUAAUGUUAAUAUCAUGCAUGAGUCGUUUGUAUGGUGCCGGUAGAGGUUGACACCUUUUGAGGGAAAUUUGUUCUAUGUUUGCAAACCAGCUUUCCAGAGUCAGUCGUUGGAAGUAGUUGGUGCUGUCAAUUAGGCAUUGCGCAGAGUCCCAGUCAAUAGUGUGUUUCGUAAGUCGAUGAUGUUCAGCAAUGUGAUUGUUGAAAUCACCUUUCCUCGUCGCUAGCUUGUGUUUAGUCAGUCUUGUUGUGAGUUUUUGUCAGUCUCGCCGAUGUAGGAGGCGUGGCAGUCGGAGCGAUUGAUUUUAUAAACCGCUCCCUGUCUGGUCCUCGGUUCGUCCUUGUCCUUGACGUUUGUCAGUAACUGACGUAGUAAAGUGAUGGGUUUGUGGACGACGUGGAUAUUGAAGGGUUGUAGGAUGCACCAGAUGUUCUCAGACAUGCAAUAUCAGACAUGUCAUCACGAUGUAGUCCUUGGAAACAUACUAAAAUUGUUUAAGUUUGUCAACUAGCUCUUUUAAAUUACCCACUGUCCAAACAAUGAUUUUUUUUAAAAACUGGCGGGGAAUUCGGUAACUUCGCGAAUGUCAUUUCAGUCACAUAUCAUGCUAUCACUUCGACUGAUUCGUGAGAAUUUUUUUGAGAUGUGAAACCGAGAGCACCGACAUAGUGUGAAGUUGGGCUCAUUUUGCACUGACUUUUUAUUAUCGGGAUUAAAAUUAUGGUUAAAAUGGAGUUUCCGUUCGCUACGUAUGGUUCUGAAUGAUCGUAAUGCCUUUCCACUCACAGUUCAUUUGCUGUUGUUUAAUAUACUUUCAGAGGAAAUAAAGCCAUCAGUUAUGAUAGUAGAAGAAGCUGCCGAAAUCUUAGAAGGACAACUUGUGGCAGCUAUCCCGCCAUCCGUUCAACACCUUAUCAUGAUUGGUGAUCAUCAGCAGCUGAAACCUAUGGUACAAAACCCCAGACUCCGAAAGACUAAUAACCUUGAUGUCUCCAUGUUCGAGAGACUUGUGAACUGCAACAUUCCUUUCAAGCAGCUUGAGUAUCAAUGCCGAAUGAGAGACGACAUUGUUGAUUUGCUCCGAAGGCUAAAAAUCUAUAAGGAGCUUAAAACAAGGACGGAGGUAAAUGCUGGAAAGUAUGGACCGAAGUGGACAAUGGCUUUCGCACAAAGUUUAUCUAAUUGAAGGUUAUUAAUUUUCUUGGGUGGAGGACACCUAUUUGCCAGUGCUUUCCCUGCUGAGGCUAGGAGAGAAUCGGCGCUCUUAGGGGUUUAAAAAAACAUAAAUUCUUUGUGUUACUUACGUCAACGAUUCCCUCUGUUUAUUAACCUUACUGCCAAACCCAUUCUCCUCUCCUUGCUGGAUUUAAAUCACUCCUUUAGCUACAGUGAGUUAAAACUCGUUUUGCACGGAGUUACAGAGCUCGAAAUUUACAGUUAUUCGUUCUACCUCUCUAGCUAAUUCGCAACAAUGAUUUUCCACAUUGUGUGGAGAAGAGCAUGUACUUCUGCCGCCACACAAGCGAGGAGAAACCAUCAAAAGAUUCCCACAGCAAACGAAACGUCCACGAGGCCAGGAUGAUCACGGAAGCUGCAAAAACGUUUUGUCAACAGGGAGUUCAUCCAUCUAGAAUUACAGUACUUUGCGCAUAUCGAGGACAGGCAAGUGAACUUCGGAUGCUUUUAAUCUCUAAAACCGAAGUAUGAUUUGAUCCUGGGAACAUGGUGAUGAAAUUGAUAUCCUUUGCAAAGUUUAGGUGGGUCACAGCAGUUUACAGCUCUGUAGUUUUAAUUGACCAUUAUUGCUACUCUGAGUCUGGUGAUGGUGAAAUACUCGUAUUAAAAUGUCCAAUCUUUGCAAAUCAUAUUAUGACUGUCCUUGUUACUUUACUUAAGUUAAGCCAUCAUAACAACAUUAUAACCUGUUAAAUACAUUCUUAUUUUUAUCUAUGAAAGUUAGCAACCUAAAAUGAACUUGGAAACCACAUUUCUAUUUUUGAAUGGUGUUCUUUUCAUUAAAAUAAAACUUUUCUGUAAAUUAAGGAGGCUACAAAUCCCAGUUGUUUAAAAAUGUGCAAGAAGUUCCUAUUGUUUAAUGAUUUUGGAAUUGUUAAAUAAAGAAAAUGGGCGGGGGGGGGGGUGGCCAGCACUACGAGCACAUGUGAUAGCAUUUUGAUUGGUUGAUUGGUAAAUAUUCUUCUGUGACAACCUUUAUGUUAAAAAAAACGACCAUGACAUGUUCAGCAAAGUUUGUUUAAUACCUUCUUUUCAUCACCUCAUGUAGGAUGAUAGCUAUGAUACAUCGAAGAACAAGCAUUGUACACAGUUGCAAGUGCUACCGUUUGACUCUCAGAUACCUGAUCGAAUUGCAAUGUAUUUGUCAGUGUUUUCCUUUUUGGGGGGAAGACGAAGAACGCACCAUCCACCAUAUCACCCUUUAGAUGGGUGAUAUGGUGGAUGGUGCAAGGCUGGUGGAGGGCGAUUCUGAUUCUCACCUUUGAAGUAUCGCUUUCACCUAUUGUUGCUGAUGAGCCGUCCAUCGCAACGGUACACAGAACUCACAGGUUCUUUUUCGUUUUCAUGUUUUAUUCUCCGUACAAUAAGUCACUAAGAAGACUUAUGAAUUAGAAUAAAUUCUAGAAAACUCUCUCCCUGAAAACUCUUAAUUUUUGUCGUGUCCGGUUGUCUGAUUUUGCUCACACGUGUUCUGUACCUUAUUUGGUAGUACUCGCAAGUGUCACAAACUAAGAAGGGUCGGGGCUCGUCAAAACUCUUGAACACUGUCGAGGAAAACAAAUAAUAUUACAUUGCUUUCAGGAGGUUAUUUAGGGUACCAAUUGCUCUAUCUAUGUUGUCCCCACUAGAUCGAUACCUAGAGAAUACCACUGGCCAUUUUUGUAUGUUGUUGUAAUUGUUAAGGUAAUAUACUCCUUUUGCAGGUCACUGAAAUAAGAGAUUUCUUCCAAUCCUCAAAUGUUGAGAAAAUGGGUGAGAUUGGAGUGACGACGAUAGACGCUUUUCAGGUAUGGAAAGUUCCUCUCAUGUCUUUUAUCAAUGUGAAAUAUAAUAAUGGUUAACUUCUUUAAAAACAUUUAUCAUUUUCAGUUGAAAAUCCUUUCCUGAGUGUGGUCCCGAGGUAUCUAAACUUCUCAAACUCCGUGGUAAUAAAUUGAUAUGACUAAAAUCUUAUGGCAUUAUUGAAGACAGUGUAACGAGUUAACUUCAUUACUUCCCAAUGUAAGCAAUUCGCAAACAAUUCAAGGGUGUAAUGUGACUCGAACCCGUCACCCUCGCAAUCAUGGAGCGAUUCUGUACCAAAUGCGGUACUGCAAAGUGAAAUUUCGGGAUGCUGAUUUUAAUCCCGUGAAAGGAAUGGAAAAAUUUUAAAAAAGAACUAUCUACGACGUUUGAGAAUGAGGCUCUCAUCAUACCUAAUCAUUUUCUUCUACAGGGGCAGGAAAAUGACAUCAUUCUCGUUUCUCUGGUCCGAAGUAACAAUGAGAACGAGAUUGGUUUUUUGUCGCAGAAGAAUCGUAUUUGUGUGGCAAUUUCACGAGCACGUUGUGGCUUGUAUCUCUUUGGUAAUCAGGCUCAAUUGGAGUAUAGGUCACCAGUCUGGAGGGUGUGUUGAGUUAUUCUUAAUCUUGCAACAGAUAGUUGGGUGGCCUGUGACUUACUGUCACUUUUGUGGACUUCUGAUAAAAAAAAUCAGGUUUUUAGUCCCAUGACCAAGUUCUAGGGCAGAAAAUCUCUUUAUGAGUGUGCAUACUCCACCCAGGAAUAUAAUUGUUAGGGCAGCAUGAUGUAAUGCACUUUGUUUUUGUUUUGUUUUGUUUUUUUCUUUACGUGGCGGUUUUAUUGAGGGUAGUUCGUGAUAGACGAGCGUUCCACCAAGAUGCUUAAAGAAACUUGGAAUCAACUGUAUUUGUUAUCUUAUGACAAAUGUGAUGGAGUUUCUUGAUCUUAAGUCGGUUUGAAAUGGAUUAUAUUCCUCCUAGAGGAAAACUUAUAUUGGUGUUAUGUUUUAGCUUUUGUUUGGUAUGUAAACACAACUUCAGAACAAAGAGAAUGGUUAAACGUUAAACUUAACAAGAAGGAAAAAUGAUGAAGUAUUCCUUUCUUUGCCAGGCUAUCGUCAAGUUCAUGAAAGAGAAGGAUUGUCUCGUUAAAGAAAUUCCAUUUGUAACUGUAAGUAACACGCGAAGUGUUAACUGUAAUAUAAGCACUUGUUAUGCUGUCGUUCAAUUUCUUCCGAAUUUGAGUUAUGAACGAAACACGAGAUACAGUGUUUCCUACGUUUAGUGGGUAACCUCCGCCCCCCGAGUAAGCGCCUCACUCUAAUGAGCACGACAUUUGGGACUAAAUAAUCGCUGCGGCCGUGGCACGGCGCUUAUUCGAGGAAUUGAUUCUCAAGCUCCAAUGCUACAUACACAGUUGGAUAUCCUGAGGCAACUAGAUGCAAAUCCCUUCUAUGGCAAUAAAUCCAAAUUCUGAACUUCACCCUAAAUUCGUAACCUUGGUUUGUUUAACUUUCAUGCCUGCCCUAAAUAUUUGGGUGAUUUCAGUACGUAGUAAAAACUUUUAAACCAAACUCAAGAAAUCCAAGGAUAUGAUUGAUACAGAAACACAACCUUUCAAAUUUCUUUCGUUUCAACUUUUACAUGAAGGCUUCUGGUAGCCGUUCUGAGGGUGAACCCGAGAGCAGUUCUUCUUUAGAUGGAAAAAGACAUGGAGUUAGUAAGUACAGGAUAUUUAUUGUCUUGUUUACGGUUAUCUAUGAAACUCAUCGUAAUGAGCGUGGAACAAAGAUUAAAACUGUUCUUGUUCUUUGUUUGAAAAGCAACAUCUUCGUAUCCAGAUUUGGAACGUAGUGUACCCUGGUGAUUCUUAUGAUGCAUACGUGUGAACUUUAAUAUAAGUCUGGACUGUUAACAGAAAAAAAGCGCCGAAUGCAUGUGAAAUCUGGUGGCAAUACUGCAUUCUAAAGCGUCUUUUUUAUAUUUUUGUGAUCUUUAGCAAACAUAACGUUGAAUGCGCAGAUCAUCAAUGCAGUUAUUGGAGAAAAAGGGACGUUGCAGUUUACAACUGGUGAGGUUUUUUGAAGGUGUUUUUGUAUUUACCUAUCCUUUUUUACCCCAAUAUUUUGCUGUAAGGGGAAAUUCUUGCCGCACGGCUGAAAGCUAUCGUUUCUUGUCAUUUUUUCUAUUUUCAUUUUUGUCAUGUUACUUUUUGAGACCUUCUUCAAGAUCAUGGCCAGUUUCCUUUCAUUAUUUAAGUUAACCAACAGUCUAACAGUCGAAGUGAGUGGCAUGUUAAUUACUAUUGCGGGUGAAGAGAAAUCGUCUCCAAAGUAUCCUAUGAAGCAGCAACCCUGUGACUACGCCGUGAUAAGGUGGUCAACCCUCUGAGUUAUGAAUAAAGUCGGUUCGUUUAAACCGUAAGAAACUGGCAGUGUUGACUCACUUGUGUGCCAGAAGGAAAUUAAUGUACUGCGGCUAUAAACCCACUUAACACUAGGUUCGCGUGCGAUAUUUGAGUCUAACUGCCGCCAUCUCGGAUUGCACAGUUUUAGAGCAAAAAGAAUAAGUCACCUCACUAUCCUGUACGAUUAAUAGGAAGGUGUGAACUUCAGUUUUAUAGCUGCAAACUAAGAAACGGCAAGAGUCAUCGCAAUUUUUCUCCUCCUAGACAAGUCUACGUCGCGAGAGAUGAUAACUCAUAAUUUUCCAAUACCUGCAUCUGGUGAGAUAAAUGUUCAGAGUCUGUCGUCCGCUGGGACGCCCUUACAAGAAACAGAGAAAUCGAAGGUCGAGACUGAAGAGCAGACGGAAGAGAAAGGCAAAUUCCCUAUUCAGGAGGAAGGUUUUGAAGAAUUUAAAAAGGAAAAGCCAGUGCAAGAGACGCAAGUAUCAAGAGAAGCGCAAAAAGUGAAGGACGAGGACAUAAGAAAAGCGGGCGAAGACGACAGAUUCCAACAAGAAUUUAAUAAAGGAGAACCACUUCAGGCCGAAAACGACCGUUCCACCGAAGCAAGUGAAAGUUACAAAGAAGAGGCGUCACCCAUACAGGAGACGAUGGCCGCGGGUAAGGGACCUUUUGAAGAGACUGGGCUUGAAGUUAGCGUGAAGAUACAGCAUUCGGACGAGAAGGAAUAUUAACUACUACCUGAUCUUAAAUGCUCACUAGCAAAAAAAAAUUAAUAGGAAUAGUUGUAGAAUAUAGUGUGUUCAUAGGAAGACAUGCGUUUAACUUUGUAACUCGCCGUUAAUCCUGUGUAAACAACUAAGGCCUCCAGCUGUCUUCGGUGAUCAUAAGUUUUAACUUUUGACAAUUUUUAUCUAUGCGCAACAUUUUGUGUGCUUAAGGUUUUAAGGGAUGCUAUUCUGAUUUGUAGAUUUUGCUAUAAUCAUGUUAUAAUUAAUGGCACUUUGCAAAGGAAAGCAAAGUCUGUACCUCUGCCAGAGCUUAUCCUGGUUUCCUUAGCGUGAGGCGAGUAGGAGUAUUACCCCUCCCCCCUGGUUUGGGGUGCUGGUUCUUCAGGGUGGAGAGAGGCACUGUGAUAGUAAAGUAUUUUGAUAAAGAACCGAACAAAAUGACCCGGCUAUCUCUCUAACCCAGACUCCAGCGCACAAAUCAUCAGGCCACAACGUGUUCCACUAAGUACCUUGUAGGUGGUUAAUUUUAGCGCUUACUCAUCAUUUACCAAUCUGCGGCAAGCACAAACUAUUGCUACUUUUAAAUCCGGCUGCAGGGGUUUCCUUUUUGAUAAUAAAUAAGUUAAUUAAUCACACAACAUUCAUGGAAAGCAGGCACUUCGCUAUUGUUUUUAUUUGUUGUUAUUAGAUUUAAUUAAACAAUGUAAUUAAUGCAAUUUUAGUAACUACUUUAAGUCCUGAUGUUUUAUCUGUGUAUAAAUGAAGUUAAAUAAAUAAAUAACUCUCAGGUACCAGGCACGCUAUCACUGGCCGAUUUCACCGGAUAUGGGAGCCUUCAAGUGCUUACCGUUCUUAGCCAAGUGUAACGAGAGAAUUUUCAGUUUUUAAGGUUACUAUGCUUAAUGCUAUCGAAACAACAUUGAGACUGCGGAACUUUUGCGAAGCUCAGCAAAGCGUAAGUGCUGUCAGUUGUUGUUCAGCCAGCCUUGAACAGUUGUUGUUUGACAUUAUCAGUAGUUAGUGUUUAACUGUAGCCGUUACCUGUCCUAGUUUUUUCUUUAGUUGUUUGCGGUGCUUUGAGAUUGAUUAAUCUUGUGAAAGGCAAAAUUCCUUUCUAGCCAAUCGUUGUUAUUGAAAUGUAUAGGGUGGUUCAAAGCGUGACUUAAUCCUUUAGAUAAUUCAUGGCAUUACCUAAUCCUUUGUAGUUUGGGCUUGGAUAGAACUGUGUCGUAAAGGUUUCUUUGGUUUCAACAAGCGUUGUGCCUGGUCACAACGAGUGUAGCACUUGGUCAAGGAUAGGUCGGUAUUUGAUGAGGAUUUGGUGUAUCUUGACGUACCAGGACCGCAAUUUAAAGCGCGUGUUUAAGACAAAUUUAUUGUGAAAGUUUUUUGUCCUAAGUGUAGUCCCAACCUUCGCGCUGUCAGCGAGUGUUCCCCCAUGAACUUGUUUGAGUUUUUUUCCCACCCGUACUGUUAUUUGUGAAGCAAGACACAUUUUUUAAAGGCAAGAAACCUGUUUUUACACAAGAGAGAGAAGGGGAGAAAGGGAGAGUAAGAGAGGAAACUUCUAAUUUGUCUGAAAUAAACGCACA